AAACAUUGAUUUGGCGCCUAUUUCGUAGAACAAUGGCAACCCAUUUUUAUUCGUUUUAUUAAAACGGUGACCCUACCACCACACUAGAGGAAGUCGAGUGCUAGUUGUGGAGUCAUUAAUUCCAAAAAAAUAUUAUAUGUGCCAGUUCACUAUUCAUGUCCAGGUGGUGUAAUAAGUGAAUAGGAUGGCUCUUCUGAUCAAGAAAGGAUUUGUGUUGUAUAAUUAUCUCUUCCAGGAACUGGCAGAUCCACGUGCCGAAAGCCUGCCCCUAUUAAAAACACCAUUUCCAACGAUACUGAUUUUGAUCCUCUAUCAAAAAUUCAGCUAUGACUGGGGUCCAAAGUUUAUGGCCAACAGGAAGCCUUACAACAUCAAAAACGUGAUACUCUGGUUUAAUAUAAUACAAGUGAUCAUAAAUUCCACCUUAACCAUAAUUGGCUUGAAGUUGUACUUCAGCCAUAGUUGGCUUUGCCAGCCCAUCAACUGGUCCUGGACUCCUGAAGGGUUUUAUGAGUUGCACCUCACUUAUAUUUAUUAUCUGUUAAAAAUUAGUGACCUAGCUGAUACAGUGUUUUUCAUUUUGAAAAAGAAUUACAGACAAGUGACCUUCCUACACACCUACCAUCACUUCGGCAUGGUUUUAAUCACAUGGGUGGCAUCCAGAUUUGUGCCAGGUGGACAUGGGGUGGUGAUAGGUUUGGUUAAUUGUUUUGUCCACUCUGUCAUGUAUUUUUACUACUUGCUAUCAGUCUAUGAUCCAUCUUACAAGAAGAGUAUUAGGAUUAAGAAGCUGAUCACUCAGCUGCAGCUGACUCAGUUUAUGUUGUUCUUGAUCAUUUUUGGAAGGCUGCUGUUUGUGGAAUGUUCCUACCCCAAAAUUGUGUCGUUCUUUUUCGUCCCACAAAACUUGUUCAUGUUCGUCUUGUUCAGUGACUUCUACUACAAAACUUACAUAAGGAAGAAAGCACCCAAAGUCCCAGUUAAAGAGGAAUAAUCCAAAAUGAGUUUAACUAAUACGAAAAGAGUACAAACCUUUUAUAAAUUAUCAACAUCUUAGUACUGAGGGUUGUUUUAAAAUAAAAUACAAAGGUUUUAUUAACAUGAAUUAGAAAUAGAAAUAUUUCCAACUGAUCUAUAGUAGUUAAUUUUAGUGUAAUUCUGUUUUAAUACAAAAAUUUACUGUGUAAAUUUUAAUACUUAGUCGUAUUAAUUGUAUUAAUUAUAGACGAAUAACGAAAUAAGUUUAAAAUGUUAAUUAGUAUUAAUAAAUGUUAAUGAAGCAAGAUGGAUUAGCUAAAUUAAUACAUUAUGUGCUUCAUCAUGUUCAAAAGAAGCUAAAAGUAUGUGAUAUGUAAAUUUACAGCUUAGAACAGCAUAAUUAAGUUACUUGCAGUGUAAUUAAUAAGAUUUACUUACUAAUAAUAUAAAAUGGGAAUUGUUUAAGGAAUGUACUAAUCAUGUGUCCAUAAUUUAUAAGAAUAGAAUAGCAAAUAAUCGAAAUAUAUCAGUAACAAAG